GUUCCUCCUGCAGCCCGAGAGUGGCAGCUACCGCUGGAUCUUCCCAGUGAUGCCGUUAAGCCUGUGGAGGAUGAGCCCUGGCUACUCCAGAUUCAUCCUCGGAAGCAGACCCUUAGAGUACUUCUCCGCCCAGGCGUUCUGCUUCUCCAGAUGGUUCGAAGAGGCACAGCGCUGCCAGCUGCCCGGUUCACCUGGCGCAUCAUUGACAGUCACACUAAAGAGAAGGAGGAGAGGCCUGCUGAUGACAGAGCCUGCGCCCAUCCUGUUGGGGAGUUCUCGAUACUGAGCAACCUGGAG